AUGGCUUAUGAGCACCGGUCGCCAGUGGCUGCUGAUAUCGGCAAGCACAUCUCCUUGGAACUAGGCGGGAAGAACCCGAACUUGAUCUUUGAGGAUGUCGAUAUGGGCAAGGCGGCCCCGCUCGCGGCCAAGGCUGCUUUCGAAAACAGCGGCCAAAUAUGCUUGUGUGGAUCGAGAAUUUACAUCCAACGCUCUCGACAUGAAGAGUUUCUACCGGGAUUGAUACGGCCUUGCCUGGCUUUGGCGCGAAAGGAGUCGGCUACAUUCCACCUGGGUUCCGUUCCUGAAGAGGAUCCGCAAGGCGGAUACUGGACACCCCCCGUGAUGUUGACGGGGCUUUCCCAGGAGAGCCGAGUCAUCCGAGAGGAGAUUUUUGGUCCCGUGGUUACCGUGUCUACGUUUGAGACAGAAGACGAGGCAGUUGCCCUGGCCAACGACGAUGCCAAUGGUCUGGCGGCGGUAGUCAUGACCAACCAUGUAUCAAGGAUGCGCCGUGCGGCGUGUUGGAGAGCGAAUCGAUGCAGGGUUGGUGUGGGCGAAUUGUUGGCUGGUGAGGGAGUUGGGGACGUCGUUUGGUGGCCUCAAGGCAAGCGGCGUCGGCGGGGAGGGAGCGGAAAACCCUACUUUCGCCCUUCUGCCCGCGCGCAAGGCCUGGCAAACUACCCGCACGCAUGCAUCGUCCCCUCCGCCAACGCUUACACCAUCUACGUCUCCGGAACCUCCUCCCGCCGCGGCGACGGGACUUUUGUCGGCGCCGAAAGUCCCGUCGCCGAAUAUAAAAAUGAUGAGUCGGGAAACACCACAUUACAACUGGGUAUUCGGCAGAAAACGAGGCCGUCCUGCCAAACAUUAGCGAAAUCAUCAAGGGCGCCACAGAUGGCAAAGCAGAACAAUAUCGUCGAGGCCAGUGUUUUCUUGGCGAACGUGGAAAGAGACUACAGGGGAAUGAAUGACGAGUGGAACCGGGUCUGGCCGAUCGUGCGUCGGCGCCAGCCAGGACAACGGUGGAAGUGA